GCUAGUGGAUAGUACGGUCGUAGUCCAUGCGGGGUUUCUCUUAGUUUUCUUGUUUCACUUUCGUUUACGGGGUACGAUUUUCGUUCCGGAUCAGUAUAAAAAAACGCGUGCGAAAUUCCUACCGGGAUUUGUCGACUCGACGCAUGUCGACUUGUAGGAGAGUGUGUGAUGUAUUGUGGAGUGAGUAAUAAGAUCGACUAUUUCCCUAUUGGAUUAAGAAGGGAAUCCCUACUGGAUCAAGGUGUUUGGGUAAUCGAUCGCGUGUUUUUGUAUCUCUAAUUGAUCCCUAUCAAGUAGGUACUGCAAGAUCAUUUGUACAAAACGAUUGGUUCCUUGGCGUGUUUUGUUUUAUGUUUUUUUUACUUCUUCUGUGGCUUUGAGGGAGGAGCUGAAGCGAGCUGAUCAUCGACUGACGAUCACUCAAGCGUGUGGAAAGUGACGGGCUGCUCAAAAAUUGUGUACGAUUUGUUACUUUGCUGGAACGCGGUGUAAAUCGUAUGGGAAAAUAGCCUCAUCGCGUGUUGUUGUCGAGAGUAAAAGUGAUUAAGAUCUACCUCUAAUCGUCGUCGUUGAGUCCCUUUAAAAUUGAUCGAGACGAUUCGAGGAAGUCCACAAGAUUAUGCGGCAACUGUUGGUCCCCAAACGUCUGGCUGAGAUCUUCAAGCUUCUGGGGUAGUGUGAACGACGAAGGUUGGAAUAAAAUGUGAAAAUUUCCGUCGAAGCGGACGACCCUUCCGAGCUGGUUCGGUAUUCAAAUUCCGACAAGAGAGUGGCAUGAUUUAUGGGACCCGCGCAUUGUGACAUUUCCUCAAACGAGAGUUUCUCCCCAAAGUGUUGAUGAAAUCCCACCUGGGUGAAAGGGGCUACCUAUUUCCGAAUUCCUAAUUGAGUUGCGGAAUGCCGCCAGUUUGACAGUGAACCGAUCUUCGAUCCGCGAUCUGAUCAGAUCGGAAUGGAAUGAAUCAACAACUUGUGAUCUUUUGUAAGAUUUUGUAGAAGUAGUGAAGAUUUGAUGUGAUUCUGUAGUUCCCCUAUUUGUGUUGUGCCAAUACCUUAUCUGGAUACCUUCGAUAUUGGUGAUUUGUGUAAAGUUGCGAAACACAUCAAUCGUUGUUUGAAGUUUGGAUUAAUUGCUACUGAAACCGAGACGACAACAAACCGCCACCAUGUGCAGCAAAAACAGCUUCGAGGUUUUGAUGGAGAAAAUCAAUACGGGUAUUCCGACGUGCCCGAUUAAUUUGUCCACGCUUCGCAACCGGCUACCGGAACUCGGUAACUGGAGCCUGCCGCACAUAUGCAAAGAAGCUGUCAACGGCAACAACAACAACAACAAUAACACCGACAAUAACAGCAGCAACCCAAACGCAGCCGGAUCAGACCAUCAUCACAUCCAGCACCACAUCACCAGCAACGGGAACUACGGGAACAAUCUCACGACGGCAGCGGCGGAUUCCUUCUAUCAGCCCCAGUCGCUAGGGGCCCUGUCCAGUGUGACGGCAUCGACGACCUUGACGAGUGGAUGCGGUGGAUCGGCGACAUCUAACGGUGGCACCCCGACGCCUACAACCACCACACAGCAACCAUUGCCGCAGCACCAUUUCAACCUAGCUGUGCACCAGCAACAGCAACAGCAGCAGCACAACCACCAGACUAGCUUGCACAAAUUCUACAAGGCACACAAAAAGAUGCCCGGCUUUCGGGGCCGCCGAGGGUGGUGCGGGUGUUUGCAGGACGAUGAACCGCCCGAAAUCUGCGUGGUCGAGGGAGUUUUUUCCCUGCAAACGCUCACCCCCACCCAACCGAUGCCGGCCAUCGACGAGCUGGACAGCAAGUUCGCCGAACUGGUCGAGGAACUGGAUCUCACGGCCCCCAAUAAAGCGGCCAUGCUCAGUCUGCCGCCGCAGAAGAAGUGGCAAAUCUACUGCUCCCGGAAGAGUCCCCUGGAUGCUGCGACCGGUCCGAACGGGGCACCCCUUCCGGGAGCAACUCUUCCACCGACACCGGAACACUACAUCGAACGACUGAAGGAUAUGGCGGUGCAGCUGAAGGCCUCGUCACCGGAUGAAUCUCCGACGCACGAAUACAGUCCGAAGAUCGAAUCGCACACGGCGUUGUUCGAUGCGCUGAAGACGGCUCUACGGACUUCGGCCCAUAGUUUUGUGAUCCGGUUCAUUGAGCUGCAGGGACUGCCGGCUCUGUUGGAACUGCUACAGGCACUCGAUAUCCGGGUGGCCAACAGUCCCCUCCACACUAGUCUCAUCGGGUGUAUCAAGGCGUUGAUGAACAACUCGACGGGUCGUUCUCAUGUGUUGGCCCAUCCCACCGGAAUCGAUACCAUUGCGAGGUCACUGGCAGCGGACAACAUCAAGACCAAAAUCGCAGCCCUGGAAAUACUCGGAGCGGUGUGUUUGGUUCCCGGAGGUCACAAGAAGGUUCUGACGGCGAUGCUGAACUAUCAGGAAUACGCUGCAGAGCGGGCGCGAUUUCAGGGUAUCGUAAAUGAUCUGGACAAAUCAACCGGAGCCUAUCGGGACGACGUCAAUCUCAAAACGGCGAUUAUGUCGUUUAUCAACGCCGUCUUGAACUAUGGACCGGGACAGGAGAAUUUGGAGUUCCGACUUCAUCUGAGGUAUGAAUUCCUCAUGUUGGGCAUUCAACCGGUGAUCGAUAAGCUGAGGAAGCACGAGAAUGAGACGUUAAAUCGGCAUCUGGACUUCUUCGAGAUGGUAAGAAACGAAGACGAGAAGGAGUUGGCGCGGAAGUUCAACCAUGAACAUGUGGAUACGAAGAGUGCUACGGCAAUGUUUGAACUCCUCCGAAGAAAGUUGAGCCAUUCAACGGCCUACCCUCAUUUGUUGAGUCUGCUGGAGCACAUGCUGUUGUUACCGGGAGGCGGUGCCAAUGCCCAACACUGGUUGAUGUUCGAUCGGAUAGUUCAGCAGAUCGUUCUUCAGCAGGAAGAACGACCCUCGAGCGAAAUUGAUCCCGAUCACCAGGACAAAACGUCAGAGUCUUCCAUGAAACUGCAAGACCCAGACAUCGCCCCACUUCAGAUAGAAGUUAAAAAAAUAGUCAAACUGCUCGUUAAAGAGGAAGAACUAGUCGCCGCUCGAACACGAGCCGAUGAUCUGGAAAAGGAAAACACAGAAAUUACAGCCAAGCUAGCCAAAAAGGAACAAGAACUGGACCAACGGACGCAAGAGAAGGAAGACAUGGAAACUUCACUGGCUCGAAUGCGCGAAAGACUGGAAAAGGAGAGCGCAAAUCAUUCCCAAGCCGUUCAACGAGCUGUCAACGCCGAAAUGCGUAUCGAAGACCUGCAGCAUCGAUUCCUGAGCGAACAGCAGGAACGGAUACGCUUGGAACGACUCGUUACCGAAGGUAGCAUACCGGACGAUCAGAAGGUCGCUGGCCUACAGGGAUGCAAUGGAGCCGUAUCUCCACCUCCUCCACCACCUCCAAGCAAACUUCCACCCCCGCCACCUCCACCGAUGAUGAUGAUGGCUGCUCCACCUCCUCCGCCCGCUCCCGGUGGCAUUCCGAAACCAUUCGCCAAUCCCAACCUCGCCAACAAUCAUCCCGCACCCCCAAAAAUGGAAGCCCCCAAGAAGAACGUCCCCCAGUCGGCCAACCCGUUGAAGAGCUUCAACUGGUCCAAGCUGCCCGACUCGAAACUACAGGGAACGGUCUGGAGCGAGCUGGACGACAGCAAGUGGUACAACACCAUCGAGAUGGAAUCGAUCGACAAACUGUUCUCGGCCUACCAGAAGAAUGGCGUCGCGUAUAAUUUUUCGUUCCAGAACGAGGGUUCGAUCGAGGACCUGCGGCUCAUCGGCAAACAGAAGACGAAGAUCCUCUCGGUGAUCGAGGGACGGCGGGCCCAGAACUGUACCAUCCUGCUGAGCAAGCUCAAAAUGAGCGACGAGGAGAUUUCCAAAGCGAUCCUAUCAAUGGACUCAAACGAACAGCUUCCGAUCGAUAUGGUUGAACAGCUGCUGAAGUUCACACCCUCGGCUGAAGAACGCGCCCUUCUCGACGAACAUUCCGAAGAUAUCGAUUCACUUGCACGGGCUGAUCGGUUUCUGUACGAGAUUUCCAAAAUUCCUCAUAACGAGCAACGGCUUCGUAGUCUGCACUACAAGAAACGGUUCCUGCUGACAGUCAACGACCUGUCGCCGAGGAUCGCCAGCGUUAUGGAAGCCUCCCGGGAAGUCGCGAGAUCUCGACGACUACGAAAACUCCUGGAACUGGUCCUAGCCCUCGGUAACUACAUGAACCGGGGAGCUCGAGGCAACGCGUCCGGUUUCCGGCUAUCGUCCCUCAAUCGGCUAGCCGAUACCAAGAGCAGUGCCGUCAAGGGAACCACCCUGCUGCAUUAUCUGGUGCAGAUCGUCGAGAAGAAGUUCAAGGACAUUCUGCUCUUGGAGGAUGAUUUGCCACACGUUAAGGAGGCGUCGAAGGUUUCGCUCGGCGAAAUGGAGAAGGACAUCUCGAUGCUGCGGGCUGGAUUGGCGGAAGUUAAUCGUGAGAUCGAGUUCCACCGAAGUAGUGGGGCACAGCAGCCCGGUGACCGGUUCCUGCCGGUGAUGCGUGAAUUCCACGCCCAAGCGUCGGUGCGGUUCUCCGAACUGGAAGAUCAGUUCCAGGAUAUGAAGACUAGAUUUGACCGAGCAGUGCGGCUAUUUGGGGAAGAUGGAGCAGUUGUUCAACCCGAUGAGUUCUUCGGAAUCUUUGACGGGUUUCUGACGGCGCUUAUCGAGGCCAAGCAGGACAACGAGAACUUCCGCAAGCGGCAGGAGGAAGAGGACCGGCGGGCUAAGCAAGAAGCUGAGCUGAAGAAACGGACCAUCGAGCGCAAAUCGAAGGAGGGUCUACUGAACUCGGUUGCGAAGAAUCUCGGCCUCACCAAGGGUUCGAAAUCGUCCAACGGAACCGGUAGCGGUGGAAGCAACGGAAACCACGACGGUGGCUCAUCCGGCGGCAACGAUCCCAACAACAAGGGUGAGUUUGACGAUCUAAUCAGUGCGUUGCGGACGGGAGACGUGUUCGGUGAGGAUAUGGCUAAAUUCAAGCGAUCGCGCAAAACUCGGCUGAGCCCCAGCAACAACAAUGGGACAAGCAAUACUUCCCCACCGAGGAGCCGGAACAGCGUGGGCCGAGAGGACAGCCGGGAACGGACCGUUGUCGUGACUGGUGGGAACAACAACCGGCGGAAUCAGUGAAUCGAUCUGAGGGAGGAAGAAAUCAAGCCAACGAUGACGUACUGAAAUUUCAAGUGUAUGGUUAGGAAAAUUUUCUUUUCGAAAAAUUUUGUUAAUGUUUGGCUAAGAGAGACCAAAAAUUUAAAUCUUACUGUGAGUAAAGCUCAAAUUGUGAAACCCGAAAAGUAAUUGGAUCGUUUACAAGUGAUUGUAGCAAUGUAAGGAAACGCUUUACAACAAAAUAAUCUCUGAAAAAUUUGGAAAAAAGUAAUCCAAUGAAUGUAUAGAAAAUUAUGAAACCGUAAAAUAAUUGUGGUUAUAAGAGAAUCUCUGGGCAGACUGUUAGAAAUCGACAACUUUAAACAGGUCACCACCGCCAGAUGUCGUCACGCUGAGUGUCGAGUGUCGCUUUUUUUGGAAUGAGAUUUAUCCCUUUUAGACUGUCCCCCUUCGAUUAUUCGGUGGCAAAAUAUGGGCAAUUUUACACGUAAUAUUGUAGUCAAGAGCACUGUGUAGUAGGUAAUAGAUAUAACAGAUGAUAACAGAAACACCACCAAUCAUAGGAAUUUUAUUGUUAUUGUAGAAGGAAUAGCGAAAGUCACUUCCUAAGUCAGCCUCUCACUCAAUGAUGACCUGUGCUUAAGCUUUCGAUUUCGUUUUUCUUUCCCUGACGUUAAUCGCCAAACUUUCUACAAAGCCUUUGGCUUGGUUCUACUAACAUGAUGCAAUUUUCGACUUCUAAGUCAAGAAGUCGAUGAUCACCAUAACGCAGAAAGUAUUCUCCUUAGUUACCAUAUCCAUAUAACCAGAAAUCGGAGAAAACCCCGGAGAUUGAUUGUAAAAAUUGUAAUAUUUUUGUCCCACGUUUUUACUACCGAUUAUGUGUAUAAUCUAGAUUUACUCUUAGCAUCUUAGGUUUGUUCGAAACGCGCGCGCACGUUCGGAAAAAGAGAGCAAAAUCUGUAUUUAUUCAACACUAACGUUCUUUCUACUUUUAUCUCUCGGUAGCGUUCUAGCAGCAGCUAACAGCAUAUUCUAACAACUCCCUAUGUAAAACCUCGUAAUAUCAUUUCUAGUGCUUUUAUCGGAAUUCCCCGAAUCCCCAACCCAAGCAUAUCUUUACUUUUACGUACCGAUGUAUGUUAAAUGAGUUAUUCUUUCUGCUACUCCACAGGGAAUAGUUUGUGCAAAAUUUCUGUUGUCUAUAAAUCAAUUGAUCGGUUGGUUAUCAAUUGGUUUCAUUCAUUAGUACCUAGUUCGUGAUUAGUGAUAUAGGUUUUUUUAGCAAGGUGUCUUCCACCGUAAUUGGCCGGAAAAUUCACAAAACUCACGCACUAAUUCGAUAUGAAAAACGGGACAUUUUUUUUAAUUUCUGUAUAUAAUCACCCACAUACACGAAAUGCACAGCCACUAGAAUUUUCAGUAAUCGAUAAUCGAUAUACAAAAAUAAAUAUACAUAUUAAAACAUAUAUUAUACACUCACUCACACAACAGAUCGAUGGAAAGAUUGGGAUAAUGAUAGUCGUGUUUUUAAGAAAGUAUAUAAUACAUUUACGCCCGCUAGGUAAAACGGUAGUCUAGUAAAAUGGAAAUUUUUAAACUCAAAGUAAAAUAUGAGCAACAGCUGAAAAGUUUUAAAAGAAGUAGAUUCGAAGCAGUCGUUUAGUUUGAGAAAGAGACCACCAAGUUUCAGUUGUCGCGACUUCCAUUUGUUCGUCCCUUUUUCCCUCAUAGAACGAUUCCAGAGUAUGAAACAAUACAACCACUUUACAUAACAGAUAAAAAAACUUAUAAAACAGAACUCUAAAUGUUGCUUUGUCAAAAAAUGGAAGGUUUUCCAAUAACUGUUGUUUUUGAAAAAAAAACCCGAACCGAUACAAUAAAAUGAUAACCAACACAAAUGCACAAACUAGAAAAACAAGCAAGUAGUUAACCCAAAAUGUAAAAUGUUUUAAGUUUAACAAGAGAGAAAAAAAACAAACAAACAAACAAA